AUGGAGCACAAAGUCGAUCCAUUAUAUCGAAUAUAUUUAGAUAAUAAUCGCUGCGGUAUUGUCACAGACUUCCCGAAAGGGUUGGCACCGUUUGGAUACGGAGUCGGCUAUAAACACGACGAUUUGUAUGACGACAACAAUCAGCUGCGCACUGGUAAAGUGCAAUUGCAGAUGUUGCCCAUACAGGGACCGCCUAAUUGGGAUCAACUAUGGACCGAUGAGUUGGACGCGGGUACUGAUUACACGGAACCCAAUGCACCCAAUCAGCCAUUGCCUGUCCAACAGAUUGAGUAUUUAAAAAUAUAUAACGAAGGCGAUCUUUGGCGAGACAUUGUGUUUGACAGUGAGAUCCAAGUGGGAGGUUAUGGAAGUGUUUGGAGAGUCAGUGCCAAAAGGAAAGUCGGUCGACAGGGGAAUAAAUGGAAACAAAUACGAUUAGCCUCUAAAGUCAUGCGUUUUACAAUUAGGUCAUUUGAUUUUAAGACAAAUGUCAAUUAUAUGCUUACGGAUAUGUAUUCACUCAAGUUUCUGAAUCACAAUCAUAUCGUCAACUUUUUGGACAUCAUAGGUAUUCCCGAUUCAAUUACAGGCUUUCCCUAUGCAUUCACACUGCUAUUUAUGGAUCUAUGCGAAGGAGAUGUCUUUGAUCUGAUGGCCAAUCAACAGGAGAACCGAUUGAAACCGGAUGAGUGUCUGACAGUACUCCGACAAAUUGGAUCAGCCGUACAGUAUAUGCACAAUCAACAACAUAUGGUGCACUUGGAUAUCAAACCGGAAAACAUUCUUUGGAAAUACGAUAGAAUCGGUAAUAUUAUAUUCAAACUGACCGAUUUCGGUUUAGCCAUUCAAUACUCGCCCGACCAACAAAUGGAAAGCGACGUAUAUGCCGGUACUCUUGAAUUCCAAGCACCCGAAUUAGGUACCGGUACUGUCCCGACUAAACCAUGCGAUAUCUAUUCAUUGGGAUGUACAAUAGCUAAUCUAAUACUGGGUAACAAUGUGUAUGACCCGACAAUGUUUAGGGUUUAUUUGGCAAACAUUGAAAUGGGUGUUUCAACUCUACCCAACUCACCAAAAGUCAGAACAGAUUUGAUUCGUUUAGUCAAUUGGAUGUCAAACAUGGAUCCAUACAACAGACCUAAUAUCGAUGAAGUUAUGAAUUAUUCAGUACUUAUGUCAACUGAAUUGUAG